ACUAAAAUACAUAGCUCUCAUAACAGCCUCCAUUGCGCCCUCUUUCUUUCUCGUUCCCUGUUUCUCAGCGAGCUUUCACUGUAAAAACAAUGGCGAAACCCGACUCAAAGCCGAAGCAAAAUUCAAGGCCAAAGGCAAAGAAACACUACAGGCCUGCCGGAAAGAAGAAGGAAGGAAACGCCGCUAAAUAUGUCACUAGGUCUCAAGCUGUCAAGCAUCUCCAAGUCAAUCUUCCACUUUUCAGGAGACUAUGCAUUCUCAAGGGUAUAUUCCCCCGGGAGCCAAAGAAGAAGGUGAAAGGAAAUCACCACACUUAUUAUCACGUGAAGGAUAUUUCAUUUUUGGAGCGUGAGCCUUUACUUGAGAUAUUUAGAGACAAGAGGGCACAUGAGAAGAAGGUAAAGAAAGCUGAGGCGAAGAAGAACCCUGAUCUUGCUAAACGUUUGCGAACCCGCGCACCUACUUAUAAGCUAGAUAAAGUUAUACGGGAGAGGUAUCCGACGUACAUUGAUGCGCUUAGAGAUUUGGAUGAUUGUCUCACAAUGGUGCACCUUUUUGCAGCACUACCAGCAUUGGAGAGGGAAAAAAUUGAAGUGCAGCGCAUUCAUAAAUGUCGAAGAUUGAGUCAUGAAUGGCAAGCAUACAUCUCUCGUACUCAUAAAUUACGAAAAACCUUUGUAUCUGUGAAAGGCAUAUAUUAUCAGGCUGAGGUUGAAGGUCAAAAGAUCACGUGGUUGACCCCUCAUGCACUGCAGCAAGUUAUGCCAGAUGAUGUUGACUUCAACGUCAUGCUAAAUUUCCUGGAAGUUUAUGAGACUCUCCUUGCCUUUAUUAAUUAUCGCCUUUAUCAUUCGAUAAAUGUAAAGUAUCCACCCAUUCUUGAUCCUCGGUUGGAAGCUUUAGCGUCAGAUCUUUAUGCAUUGUCUAGAUACUUUGAUGUGAACUCUAGAACUUCUGUGGUGGAUCCUCAAGUUUCUAGUACAUCUGGAUCCGAGCAAGUUGAGACCCAAAAGGUUGGGACAGCAUCUGAUGAAUCCGAAUUAAGACUAGCUCAACUUCAACAUCAACUUCCUUCCAAUGAACCUGGUGCGUUGAUGCGCCUUGUUGAAGAUGAUGCUGGUGAUACUGAAGAGGAUGAUGAUACAAGGGAGUGUAAAAAACUCUUUAGGAAUCUGAAAUUUUUCUUGAGCCGCGAGGUCCCUAGAGAGUCCUUGCUUUUUGUUAUUCCUGCAUUUGGUGGUGUUGUUUCCUGGGAGGGAGAGGGAGCUCCAUUUAAUGAAGAUGAUCAGAGCAUUACUCAUAAGAUUGUUGACCGGCCCACACUGGUUCGUACAUCCCUCUCCAGAGAAUAUGUGCAACCACAAUGGGUGUAUGAUUGUGUAAAUGCACGUGUCAUUUUGCCAACAGAGGAUUAUAUGGUGGGAAAGAUUCCUCCUCCACACUUAUCACCUUUUGUUGACCAUGAGUCCGAAGGUUAUGUUCCUGAGUAUGCAGAGACUAUUAAACGAUUGCAGGCUGCUGCUAGAAAAGAAGUCCUUCCAUUACCAGGCGUAGGAAACGAAGAUCUUGAAGAUCCUCAGAAAUUACUAUCUGAAGGUAUUAUUGAUCGAGCAGAAGCUAGUGAAGCUGCUGAGAGAAAGCGCAAGAUGAUUCUUGAGCAGAACCGCUAUCUUGAUGAAUUGAAAAUGGAAGUUGAGGGUGUCCAGAACUCCUCAACUCCCUCAGAUAAUAAGCAGAGCUCUUCCAAAGAGACAGAGGCUAAGGAAGAAUCUGAGCCUGAUUUAGAACAAAUUGUUGAGGAUUAUGCAAACAUGUCUAAGACAGUGAUGUCUCGUAGGAAGAGGAAGAUUUAUGAAGCCAUGCAGAUUGGCAAACAACGGAAGAAGGCUCACGUUGAUCUUCUUAAGGAACGGAAGAAAAAAAUUCAAGCAGCUAAGGAGUCAGAGGAGAAUUGAAGUGCCCCCUGAAUUUGCAUGGCUUGAAUUUAUUCUUUUGUUAAUUUGCUUGAGGUUGCUUAAGCUUUAUAACAACAUAAUGAAGUGUAACAUUGCCAAUUAAGUUUGUGAUUGGCUAAAAUUUUGAUAACUAUGUAAGAUAUUUUUUAAAAUUAAAACUGAACCAAAAACGAAACCGUAGUUUUCUACUA